AACAUCUCAAACUAAGUGCCUUAAGACCACAUAGGAAGAAAUCGUGAGGUAAAAGUUAAGAAAAAUGGCUACCAGACUACAAAAGAAAUUAGCAGGAGAGGCUAGUGAAUACCAAGGAGAUAGUUCGGACUCUGAGCAAACCCCUGAGACAAGGGAAACCCUUAAAUAUAAAAUUGAAUUGAGAAAAUUAGAAUUGGAGGAUAAGCAAAGAGAAAGAGAAAGGGAGGAUAAGCAAAGAGAAAUAGAAAGGGAGGAUAAGCAAAGAGAAAGGGAGGAUAAGCAAAGAGAGAGAGAAUGGGAGGAAAAACGAUGGGAACAAGAGAAGGAAUUGAAAAUAAUGCAGCUAGAGAAGGAUAAGGAAAUAGAACUGAGACGAUUGGAAUUGGAAAAAGAGAAAUUGGCACUGUCUCAACCACACAUUAUUAACCAAGAAGGGAAUGGUAGGACUGAAGCGUCUGAUCUACUUCUGAAGAGAUUCCCAAAGUUUAAUAAAGAUGAUGAUGUGGAAAAGUUUUUGAUUUCUUUUGAGAGGUGCUGCAGAGAUUUUGAAAUUGAUGAGGGAAAAUGGAUGCUUUAUUUAAGACCCCAGAUUUGUGGUAAAUUGUUAGAAAUAUAUGGUGAUGUACCUGAAGAGUUACACCGAGAUUAUAACUUCUUUAAAAAACAGGUACAACAGAAAUUGCAACUCACACCUGAAUUUUAUCGUUUAAAAUUCAGAUCCCUGAGGAAAGAAAAGGCCCAGAGCUUCUCAGAAGUAGCCUCAAAACAAGCCCAAUUAUUUGAUAGUUGGCUCAGAACCUCAGAAGUGGAAACUUUUCAACAGCUGAGGGAAUUAAUUAAGUUGGAACAACUGUUUCAAUUAGUGCCCUCAGAUUAUCGGUGGUUAGUUCAAGACAGAAAGCCAUCAACUGCCAAUGAAGCGGCUUCAAUGACAGACCAAUUAAUCACUCUGAGGGAAGGAUUUAGGAACGAUGAGGGACUAAGUGAGAGAAGGCAGAAUAAACCGCCAUUUUACAAUUAUCAAACACACACACAAUACAAAAAGACGCCUGCAGUAGAAAACACCGCCUACAGGAGGCCUGAGGUAAUUAAUCAGACCAAACCUGAGGUAAAAGCAAGGUGCUAUCAGUGUGGGAAGUCUGAUCAUCUAAAAUACCAAUGUCCUCUUUUAAGAAGAGAUAAAACAUCCUUCUUUAUGAAUAAAGAGCCCAAAGAAAAUACUCUUAAUAGUGAUAUUAAGUUGCUAAGCAGUACUGAAACAGUCCCUAGGGAGAAACAAUGUUUAUUUAUUUUAUCCGAUGAUUUUUCUGAAGAUUACUUUGAGCCUAUUACUAUUGUGAACCAACAAAAACAAGGUUGGAGGGAUACAGGAUCCCAGGUGUGUGUUAUCCACCCAAAAUCGGUACCUCAGAAAUAUCAAAAGCCCACCUCUGAGAUAAAUCUAAAGGGUUUGGGACCAGCUGUACCAGCUGAGGUAGUAUCUCUCCCAAUUGAAUACAAUGGAUGGAAAGGGAUCUGGGACUUUGCAAUUAGUUCAGAUAUCCCUCAUGAAUGUUUAAUCGGCAAUGACCUAGCUAGACAAGUUAAGAACUGGAAAAAGUUGUGUGAGGAGAAGGAAGAUUACAACAGAAGCCCUAUUCAGGAAGCAGUGUGCUUACCUAUUCAACCAGAAUCUGAACAGGGUCCAGAAUCCAGUUCCGCCAUUAUCGAAAUUGUUAGUAAAACAGGGGGAGUGCAAGAAAUUAAACAAGCUCAGGAGGAAGAUGAAUCCCUGAAGCCUUUGUUUAAGCAAGCUGAAAGUUUACUAGAAUCAGCAGGAGAACUACCCAAUAAAUUUGUCACAAAAGAUGGUGUGUUUUACAGAGAAAGCAAAAGUGUGGAAUCAGAAGAAAGGUCAGAAAUACAUAGUCAGAGUUUCACUGAAAUUGAAAGGCAAGCGCAGGUGGCUGAGAAACUGAAGGAGCAACAGGCUGCAGAGUACAAGAAGCAAGCAGAUGAAGCCUUAGUGGCCUCCAUGAGACUGACGUAUCAAGAGCUACACGUUGAUCGGAAAAAGGAGGAGAAAAAACUUCAAAACCUGGAAGGGAAGAAGUGGGAACAGGCAGAGCGGCUGGGCAUGGGCUUGGUGUCCAGGAGCUCUAUUUCUCACUCUGUCCUCUCUGAGAUGCAAGUGAUAGAACAAGAAACGCCAGUGACUACAAAGUCCACACGGUCCCAGCUAGAUCUCUUUGAAGACAUCGGAAGCUUCACAUCUGGACCACCAAAGUACAAAGAUAAUCCUUUUUCAUUAGGCGAUGCCUUCAGCUCACAGUGGGAGACAGACAACUCCUCUUGGGAAAUGGACAAAGGGGAAGAGGAGGCAGACAUUGCCAUCUCCAGCAUCCGGCCUAUUGGUGACAGACCCAUUAACAGAAGAGAGACAGAGAGCAAGAUAUCAGUAGUGGAGUCCAAUGAAGCUCAGCAGAAGUUUGCAGGGGCCAAAGUCAUCUCAUCUGAUAUGUUCUUUGGACGGGAAGCUGAUACAGUUCCAGUGGCUGAAUAUUUGACCGAUCUUCAGUCAACAAUGAGAGUGACAAGAGACAUCGCACAAGAACAUCUAGCUGUAGCCCAGCAGAGACAGAAGAGCUACUAUGACGUGUCAGCCAAACCAAGAAGCAAGCGGAGGUUAUUUUUCGAUGGAGAGAGUGGUAAAGACCCUGACGUGAUGGGGAUUGGUAGUUUUAACCAUCAACAGUUUACUUUCAAGAUUCUACAAAAAUGUUUGGACAAUGUUUCGCAGGACUUCUUAAAUGACUCUUGGAAGUUUCGCAAAAAAACAUUUUGGGACAGAGAGAGUUCAUUGUGUUGCUGGGAAGGACGAGUGUAAUUAUCCCCAACAACAUGUUAACCUCUGGAAUGCUCCGCAGAAGGAAACAUCGAUGAACUGUGCCAGGUGGCAUGAAGAAGAUCCCUAUGAAAUGUACUGAGUAUCGGAAGAUGUUUAGUCCAGUGUAUAAAUAAAGACUUGGGGAAUAACCCUGAAUGAAAAUUAAACUGUUACAAAUAUGAUUUAUGGAAAAUGUAUUUUUAAAAUGUCUUUUGAUUUGAGGUUGUGAAUCUUAACAAUGGGAAAGAUGACCAAUACGUUUAUGGUUUGUAUGUUGAAUGGUGACAAUGCCAUGACUGUAUGGUAAGAUAUGGACAUGUUAUGUGUAUAUGCAACAGUGAAGGUUUGUAUUUUAUGAUUUAUGUAUUGUAUCUAACUUUGUGUUUUAUUUCAGGAAUACUGUUGUGUAUGUAUAUAUGUAUUUAUUAAUUAUUUUUGCCCAUUCUAGGCAUAGAAAAGGCAAAAAUAAUCUUUCUUAGGGGGGAGGUGUAAGGAUGUUAUGAGUUAAUGGGAAUUAUUGAUAUGAUUUUAUUUGUUUAUUAAAAGGAAAAAGGGGAGUUAUGUAUUGAUGAAGACAGGUCUCACAUGGAAGCCAGCUGUGUUCAGCGGGUUGCCAUGGCAACGUAACCUCUCUCUGGAGGAAAAAGGGGGCGUGGCUAAGAUGACAGUUGGAGCAUAUUCCCUUUUAAAAGUUCAGUUGCUGUGAGGGUUUUAAAAAAGGAGUGGCUGUUAGGGGUUUGAGAAGAAGAGUUGUGGUUAGGUUUUGG